CUGUGCUUUCUGGACUAUUAACCAGUUGCUCGCGAAGAACCAGGCAUUGUUUCUGCGCCUGGCCGUAACUGAAUAAAAAUCUGUCACACAGAAGUUCCCCAGGUGGGUGAGCCUUUUCAUGAGGAUUCUUUGAGAAAGCCCAGAAGUAGGCGUGGAAGCCUGAACGGGAAGGAAACAUGUUUAAGUCAUGGAGGAGCAAGGAGAAGAAGUUCAAAGCUGUGUUUCAGCUGCAGUUUCAGGCAACCCAGGUGCCACAGAUGAAGAAGCCUGCUCUGACUGUGGCUUUAGUGCCGGAGGAUGUUGGGAAGCCCACAUUCAAGUUGCAGAAAACUGCAGUUCAAGAUGGCAACUGCUCGUGGGAGAAUCCUAUAUAUGUGACAGUUAAACUCGUCAGGGAGCCCAAAACAGGAAAGCUGCACGAGAAAAUAUAUCACUUCAUUGUUGCUAGUGGAUCAGCCAAGAAAGAUUAUCUUGGAGAAUCUUCAAUUGAUUUUGCAGAUUUUGCUGACGAAAAUGAACCAAUGACUGUUUCUCUGCCUCUGAAGUUUGCAAAUUCUGGUGCAGUUUUACAUAUAACAAUUCAUAAGAUUCAAGGAGGCAUCGAUCAGAGAAACAGGGCAAGUAAUGGAGAAGCAGCACUACAUCAGGAUGAAAGGUUGAUGAGCCUAUCGAGCAAUGAUCGUUCAGACAUAGAUGACAAGAAUUUUGCAGAAGACAUAGAUGACUUUGAAGAAGGGGACAACUUCAAAGCAUCCAAUGGCUCUAAUGAAAGCAGCUUCAAGUCAGUUGGAAGACAAAACUCAAUGCCUCAGAGGGCAUCGGUUGAUGCAAAUUCAACAACAACAAAGAACCGCCUACACAGACGAUCAAGCACAGAAUGGUCAAUGGCCUCGGCAUCAGAUGAAAGUUUAGUUGAUUCAACAAACAGCCCUGGUGAUGAUAAUAAUGUUCCAAAACAGUUCCAUGAAGCUAGAGAUGAAUCCAUUCAGAAGCUUAAAAGUGAAAUCUUUGGUCUCAUGCGUCAGUCAGAGUUAUCAGAUAUGGAAUUGCAGACUCUUCGGAAACAAGUAACGAAAGAGACCAAAAGAGCACAAGAUUUAUCAAGAGAGAUGAUGGACAUUAAGGAGGAGCGAGAUGCACUGGAGAGAGAAUGCGAACAACUCAAGUUCUUGAGGAAGACUGUAGAAGCAGAGGCUCUGGACCGAGUAAAGACAUCAAAUGAAGGGUCAAGGGUGAAGAUAGAAGAGAUGAGGAAGGAGCUUGCCCACGAAAAGGAGUUGAAGGUCAAUCUCGAGUUGCAGCUACAGAAAACACAAGAAUCAAAUUCGGAAUUGAUUCUGGCUGUGCAGGACCUUGAUGAUAUGUUGAAGGGGAAAAGCAUGGAAAUAUCUAUGCUUUCCAGCAAGCUAGAAGAAUCAAGUCAGCAGGAUAAAGAAGUUUACUGCCAAAAGUGUAGAUGCAACACAGAAACCGAUGAAUAUCAAGAUGAUACCACUACCAGAGAAGCGCUGAAAGAACAGAUAACUGACAUGUCCGAUGAAAUAGAGGCCUACAAAGAGAGCAGGGAAAGGCUGGAGAAGUACAUAGAGCAACUCACACAAGAUUAUGAGGACCUAAAACAAGAAAACCUUGAGAUAACCUCUGAGUUAGAGGAGAAAAGGGAACAAAAUUUGAAGGCACAAAAUGAACGCUCUGAACAAUUAGCGACUAUCAAAGAACUUGAAUCACAGCUAAGGAGAGUAGAGCAGAAGAUGAGAGAUCAGACAGAAGAGCAGUCUGAAUCAUUGCUCCAUAUCAAUGAACUUGAAGGUCAAGUCAAAGCAUUGGAGAAGGAACUUGAGAAGCAGGCAGUGGGAUUCGAGAAAGAUCUGGAUGAUUUGACCCAGGCCAAAAUCGAGCAGGAACAAAGAGCUAUUCUUUCAGAAGAGGCCUUGAGGAAGACAAGGUGGAAAAAUGUUGUAACAGCAGAGCGUCUCCAGGAGGAAUUUAAAAAGCUUUCACAGGAAAUGGCCGCAAAAAUUGAAGACAAUGAGAAGCGUAUGACAAGUGCUCAAAUGGAAUCAGACAAGCUCCGGGAGCAGAAUAGGAUCAUGGAAGAAAAGCUUAACAAAGCUUAUGAAGAGAUUGCAGUAAUUAGAGACCAGAACAAAGUGCGAGUGGAAGAGCUAUUGACUCAACUUGAUCUCAGGACAAAAAUGAUGGAAGAGAUUUCAUUGGAAGUAGAAGAAAAGUCGAUGCAGCUGGAAAGUGAGCAGAAGCAAGGAAAAGGAAGGCAAGAAGCUUUCUCUAAGGAAAUUCAAAUGCUCAAAGCUAAAAUAGAAGCACUCACAACAGAAGACACCUCCAAGCAGGCAUCACUUGGAGAAACAGCAAUAGAGAUUGGAAGACAGAGCAAAGGAAAAAAAGAAUUGGAGAGAAAAUAUACAUCAGCAAAGCAAGAAGCAGAAAAGGUUCGAAAAGAGUUGGAAAACAUGAGGUCGUUGAAGGAUGAAAGGGAGACAAUGCUGAAGAGGCUACAGCUGGAAGUAGAAGGACUGAAAGAUCAACAUAAUAAGUUCAUAUGUAGCCUGUCAGAAGAGGAGUUAGAGAAAGAGAACCUGCGGAAGCAAAUCCUUCAAUUGAAUGGGGAGCUACAGAAGAAGGAAUAUGAUCUCUUGCUCUCAGAUAAUGAAGCCGUUGAUAAAUGGAAAGCAAAGACACGCACAGAGCAACAACUGAAAAACUGCAACCUGACAGAAAUGCUGGAUGAGAUGGCACAGAUCAAGGAAAAGAACAGACGCAUGGAAAGUGAAUUGAAAGAAAUGGAGGUGAGAUAUUCGGAUAUAAGCCUCAAAUUUGCUGAGGUAGAAGGAGAAAGGCAGCAGUUGGUCAUGACUGCAUUGCUCCUUAUAGAGGUUGAAGUAUCAACAUCGGUCCUCUAAAAUGCAAAAAUCAGCCUGCUACAGAUGUACAAUUUGAAAGUUAAUAUAUGAGAACCAACCUCCAUUUUUAACAAUGUUGAUCCAAAUAAAUCUGUGUUGC